GAGCACUGCCGCCUCCGCCUCCCCCUCAGGCCGUCCCCGUCGCCUCGCGCCGCCGCCUCCACCCCCGCCUCCCCAUCGCGCUGCCGCCUCCGCCUCCCGCCGUCCCCAUCGCCGGCCGAGCUGCCGCCGUCUGUCUCCCCUCCGCCCUCUCGUCCCCCACUCUCUCCCUCUCCCUUUCCCUCUCCCUCCACCGUCUCCUCCCCCACCCUCGCCUCCGCCUUCCCCUCGCGCCAUUGCCUCCGCCUACGCAGCCGCUGUCGUCGCGUCACCGUCUCCAAGCGCCUCUGCUUCCGCCUCCCCCUCGCGUCGUCGCCAUCGUCGUCCCCGUCGCCCUGCGCCGCUGGCGCCAUCGCGUCGCCGUCUCCGCCUCUGGCCUCCGUCAACGACGAGGUCGGAGCGCCGACGGCUGCAUCACAGGCGGCGCGAAAAGCUGAGGGGCCAAUCCUGGCGGCGGGACUGCCGCGAGGUUCCGGACGCAUCAACUCGAGGGGGAGACGGCGGAGGGAGUGGGGGUUGAGGCGCGCGCGGUCUUCAUCCUCCCGGCGCCAGAUCUGCUUCUCAUCUCCACAAGGACACCCCAGCCCACCACUCAUCGGCGUCGACAUGGUCGUCGGCGUCGCCCUCACUGUCGCCGUCGCCAACAGACUGCGUUAAGAAGCCACUCCACCACCAGCAGCAGCAGGGGCAUCCACCGUACGCCGCACCAAUGCCUUCCCCUUCCCUCCCAUCUGUGCCCUCUGGGUCACAGGUAGUCGCUUCAUCGGCAGCCGCAUUGCCGUCAAUGUACAAGGCCAAUGACCAGCAGCGAGCAACUCAUGGCACCAGAGACGGCGGCGAUGACGGUGACUACUAAACUCUUGGCACAGGAGCUUACAAAGGAUUUGCAGGUGAACUCGAGAAGAAAGUUCGAAAAAUGGGACAUUGCAAUCACAACAUCGGAACCUAAUAUCAACACUAUGCUCAUUGCCAUAGUGCCAGGUAAAGAAAGGGACUACAAUGCUUAUUCAAAGGAUUAUAUGUCUUCCAUAGUGAAGCAGUCAUGCACUAAUACUAGAAGCUGCUUUAGAGAUGGAGACAUCCCGUCAAAAAUCUCCAAUUACCCAAUGAUGUUGUGCCUGAGGAUCAUAUACAUGACUCUGAUCAAUCCUCCACCUUAGCUGGUUGCUCUGCUUGCUGUGACCAUGCCACGACAUCCGAAAACACAGAGGACCAGG